AUGAAGAGCAAGAAGCAAGUUGAGUCAAGCUCAAGCUCCUCAAGUGAAGAAGAAGAUAAGGAUGAUGUUGAUGAUGAUAAAUCAAGUGAUGAUGACCAAGCCUCCUCCUCCUCCUCCUCUGAUGUUGAUGAAGAAACAAUCAAGCUUAUACAAGGAGUGGAGAAGUUGAUCCAUAAGUUGAAUGUCAAGGGUGUGCCCAUCCAAAUUGAAGAUUGCAUCUUCACCAACCAAAGAAGAAAGCAAAGAAAUAAAGAAUGCUAUGGUUGCGGCAAAAAGGGGCACUUUGUGGACGACUGUCCAAACAACCCCACACCCAAGGCAAAGAAGAAGGCAUGCAAGGCCAAAGCCCUCACAACAAUCAAGACAUGGGAUGAUUCUUCAAGUAAGGAAGAAGCCCAUCACAAGAGACGCGACCGCAAGCACUCAUCAUCAAGAUCUUCUCACAUGUGCCUUAUGGCACGAGAAACAUGUACACAAGAAGUCGCAAUGGAGAAUGAGAAACUUAAGCAAGAAGUGGCUCGCCUCACCAAGGACUUGAUUCAAGUAAAAUGCAAGAUGGAGCAAGCCCAACCUCAUCAAUAUAACACCGUCAAGGGAGUGAAGAAGCUUGAUGAGGGAGCAACCGUGGUUUGCUACGUAUGCCACAAUGAAGGACACAAGUUGACAGGUCCAUAG